AUGAAAGCCAUUUUGUUCUUAGUAUUUGCUUUAUUCUUAACUGUUCAUGCCGAAGAAGAGUUUGAACUCGAUGAUGAUUUUGAAAUUAAUAAUGAAGAUUUUGAUUUUAAUGAUGAUGAGUAUGAAUUAGAAGACGAUGAAGAAGACGACGAUGAUGAUGAAUUUGAAUUAGAAGACGACGAAGAAGAUGAUGAUGAAGAAGAAGAAGAUGAAGAAGAAGAAGAUGAAGAAGAAGAAGAUGAAGAAGAAGAAGAUGAAGAAGAUGAAGAAGACGAUGAUGAAGAAGACGAUGAUGAAGAAGACGAUGAUGAAGAAGACGAUGAUGAAGAAGACGAUGAUGAAGAAGACGAUGAUGAAGAAGACGAUGAUGAAGAAGACGAUGAUGAAGAAGACGAUGAUGAUGAAGACGAUGAUGAUGAAGACGAUGAUGAAGAAGAUGAUGAUGAAGAUGAUGAUGAUGAAGAUGAUGAAUUUGAAUUAGAAGACGAUGAUGAAGAUGAUGAUGAAGAAGAUGAUGAUGAAGAUGACGAUGAUGAUGAAGAAGAUGAUGAUGAAGAAGAUGAUGAUGAAGAAGAUGAUGAUGAAGAAGAUGAUGAUGAAGAAGAUGAUGAUGAAGAUGACGAUGAUGAUGAAGAAGAUGAUGAUGACGAUGAAGAAGACGAUGAAGAAGACGAUGAAGAAGACGAUGAAGAAGACGAUGAAGAAGACGAUGAAGAAGACGAUGAAGAAGACGAUGAUGAAGAAGACGAUGAUGAUGAAGAAGACGAUGAUGAAGAAGACGAUGAUGAAGAAGACAUGAUGAAGAAGACGAUGAUGAAGAAGACGAUGAUGAAGAAGACGAUGAUGAAGAAGACGAUGAUGAAGAAGACGAUGAUGAAGAAGACGAUGAUGAAGAAGACGAUGAUGAAGAAGACGAUGAUGAAGAAGACGAUGAUGAAGAAGACGAUGAUGAAGAAGACGAUGAUGAAGAAGACGAUGAUGAAGAAGACGAUGAUGAAGAAGACGAUGAUGAAGAAGACGAUGAUGAAGAAGAUGAAGAUGAUGAAGAUGAUGAUGAUGAAGAAGACGAUGAAGAAGAUGAUGAAGACGACGAUGAAGACGACGAUGAAGACGACGAUGAAGACGACGAUGAAGAAGACGAUGAAGAAGACGAUGAAGAAGACGAUGAAGAAGACGAUGAAGAAGACGAUGAAGAAGACGAUGAAGAAGACGAUGAUGAAGAAGACGAUGAAGAAGACGAUGAAGAAGACGAUGAAGAAGACGAUGAAGAAGACGAUGAAGAAGACGAUGAAGAAGACGAUGAAGAAGACGAUGAAGAAGACGAUGAAGAAGACGAUGAAGAAGACGAUGAAGAAGACGAUGAAGAAGACGAUGAAGAAGACGAUGAAGAAGACGAUGAAGAAGACGAUGAUGAAUUUGAAUUAG